UUAAUCCUCGCCGCCGAACAGCUGAUCGCGCUCAGGAGCGUAUUCCGUGAUCGUUCCCGGUGCAGUUCUUGAUUUCCACCCUGGCCCAUAUCAAAAUCCGAAAUGGGCCGGAAAGACGCCAAGGAAUUCUUCGACAUCAUCAAGACUUCCGCGGCGAGCAAAGCUUUUUCGCCGGAGAAAACCUACAGGAGACUUCGGAACGAUGACUUCGUUCCGGAACAAUUCGAUAUGCCGAAGCACACGAAGGUUCCGUACAAGUCAAUCUUUUCUGCGGUACUUCUCUUCAUCGGAGGCUCGAUCUUGCUGAGCGUGGCCAUCUCGAUAAAUCUGUCCUUGCUGCCCGCUGCAUUCCAUGAAUCCAUGUGGGGCUUAUACACCCUCGGCGGAUUGCUAUUCAUACCGGGCUGCUUCUACACUUAUAUCGCGUAUCAAGCCUACUACGGCGUUCCUGGAUUCAGCUAUAGUGAUAUUCCAAACGUAGAAUAGAAAAACUUUUCAGGCACUGAUUUCUCAUUCAUUGAACAACCUCGCGGAAGCUCGGACGCUACGCCCAUCCCCGAUCCCGUCUAUCGUAGGACCUCCGAACUCGAAGCGGCAAGGGGCAUGAGCUUCCCCUCGCUUAGUUCUAUGCCGCUCCGGAAACGAUUAGGUACAUUGGACGUGAUCGGUAUACUAGCCACAUAGAGACCAACAGUGAAAGCUUGAUGACCAAAAGUAUUAGCAUGCACAGCCAGAUUCGCUAGUCAAGAGUGCCUUAAAAGUAAUCUUGAUGAGAAGCACAAAUAGCUAGACGGUAUCCGAAAAGCAAUUGAUCUCAUUAGAGAGUACGAUUCCUCGUCGUUCAUAAAUCAGAAAAAUGUCGGCGAGCGACUGAAAUUACAUCUUCCCCAUUCCAUGCUCCCUCGGAACCCUAGUCCAUUACGGUGAGAGGAUCGACAGCGCCGGUGAUUUCCCUCCAAAGCUCUCGAAGACGGCAAUCUAUCGAGGAGACUUACGAGCCCUAGAGUGGACAUCGUCUCAUUCCACGAGGACUAUAUUCGGC